CAUCCGUUAAAUUUCAAAUGAAACAGCAUACACGCCGUCAAGCAAGGUUUUCGAGUGAGUCGCAGUCCGAGCGAGAUUUGCGUUGAAUUUAAUAGUCAGUAAAGCGGGAAUCUGUGCGUAAUUGUAAGUGAAUAAUAAUGGCGCGCAACAAUAUCUACUAUUCGGACAAAUAUUACGACGACAAAUACGAGUACAGGCACGUCGUCCUGUCCAAGGAGCUCGUGAAAUUGGUGCCAAGGACCCAUCUCAUGUCAGAGCAGGAGUGGAGGGCCAUUGGAGUCCAGCAGAGCCAGGGCUGGGUGCAUUACAUGACUCAUCAACCUGAGCCACACAUCUUGUUAUUCAAAAGAAAAAUAACUUCACCACCACCGGAGCAGUAAUCCGAUCGAAUUCAGUGUGCCGAGCUUGAUGUAUGGAAACGGGAUCAUUGUUGUUGUUCAAAAUAGCUUACUUCUAGUGAAUUCAUAGAUGGCGUCUACUUUAACUGCACAUGGCAAAUGAAAAUGCGCAGCAGCACGUUAGUGACAUUGAUAACAAUCAGAAUAUAUUAAAACAA